AUGGCUUUCGACUUCAAGGUGAUUAUCGCUGCCGGCGUCCUAAUGGCGGCCCACGCCCUUUGCUUCAUCCUCUGGAUCUCCGGCUGGGGCGCGAGCAAGCAGCUGGAGAGCAAGGAAGCCGGCGGGGCGGAUCCGUCGCAGCCCUUCGUGUACUACUUCGUCUGGGGCCUCUUCAUGUCCCUGACCAUCAUGGCCACCACCGUCGUGUCCGCCCUCGUCCCGUGGUCCCUCGCCAAGAGGGUCGCCCACCUCGCCACCAUCUUCUUCAUCAUCCUGUUCAUCAUUCCCCUCAGCUUUGUGAUGGGCCAGACCACCCAGCAGUUCACCUAUUCCGACUGCGGCGACCUCAGCGGUGAUGCCAAGGACAUGUGUAACGGAUUCAAGACCGUGUUCGUCUCCACCUUCUUCUACAUGUUCGUUCUUGCGGGCAAGUUCAUCUUCGCGAUGGUGCUCUACCAGCGCGAGACCGUCGAGGGUGACUCCAACUUCAGGCAGAGCUUCGACCGCACCUAA